UUUUAGCACCCUGAAAUUCCUAUUUUUACUUUCAGAUGCCUUCGAUUAAACUCCAGAGCUCUGAUGGAGAAAUAUUUGAAGUUGAUGUGGAGAUAGCAAAGCAGUCUGUGACAAUCAAGACCAUGUUGGAGGAUUUGGGGAUGGAUGAUGAAGGUGAUGAUGAUCCUGUUCCACUCCCAAAUGUCAAUGCUGCAAUUCUGAAAAAGGUGAUUCAGUGGUGCACUCACCACAAGGAUGAUCCGCCCCCUCCUGAAGAUGAUGAGAACAAAGAAAAGAGAACAGAUGAUAUUCCAGUAUGGGAUCAGGAAUUCCUCAAAGUAGACCAAGGAACACUGUUUGAGCUAAUUCUGGCUGCAAACUAUUUGGAUAUUAAAGGUCUGCUUGACGUGACGUGCAAAACAGUAGCAAAUAUGAUCAAAGGUAAAACUCCAGAAGAAAUUCGUAAGACUUUCAACAUCAAAAAUGACUUUACUGAGGAAGAAGAAGCCCAGGUUCGUAAAGAGAAUCAGUGGUGUGAAGAAAAAUAAAGAUCCCUGUCCUCGAUAAUUCUCUAACGGGCUGAAAGAAUUUUCCAAUUGCUGUUGCAUUGCACUGUUUUGUAAAUGUUUAAUAUUUGGAAAAUUCAAAAACAAAAGAGGAAAAAUAUAGCAUUUAAUUGCAUGAUGUUUCCUUACUUGUUCAGAGCUGUAUGUUCUAGGCUUUACAUUGUUAUUACACUAGGAUUGGAAGUGACAUCCAGCUUUUCACCACACAAUUCAUUGUAGGAGUUUGAUUUCAAGAGGAUUAGAAUGUCUCUGUCAUUAAAAUCUAAAUAGUGUGGGCUAGACAAAAAUCCUUUAAUACAGUUGGCAUGUCUGAUUUUCGUAUAAUCUAGUCUAGAAGGCAAACAAAGACGGCAGGGUAUGCAUUAAGGGAGUUUUGUUCAGUGAUUGAUGACAGCAAAUUCAAUCUGUUUUAAACAAUUGAACUAGCAUUUGGUUCUUUGCCAAUAAUAGCUGCACAAUAAUUAAAAAAAAGAUUUGCAGCAUGAAGCGUAUGGCCAGAUUAUCCAUAGUAAUUUUUGAAAUUAAUUGAGAUGAUUCUCUUUUUAUUCCCUUCUUUAUGGGUUCAAGUACAGAACACAUACUUUACAUUGUAGCCAGAAUUGUGGCGUGCUUUUAUAGCCAAGGAUCACUGUGGACCCAUAUUCCCCUUUAAUGUUUGUAUUCUGAUUUUUGAAUGUUUUAGAAGAACAAUUCUCUUCUGAUUAAAGUAAGUUUCACCUUCUUCCACUGGCUCCUUUGCUGCAUUAUUCUCUUAUGAUAAACAGUACAUGACAAUCAGAAGUAUUUUAAGUUUCGUUGAGUAGUGAUGCUACUGAAAGAGCCCUAAGAGAGUUCCUAAUAGAGUUUCUCUUUGUCAAAUAAGAGAUGCUCUAUGAUAAAGCCCACUAUAACAAACUGGACGAGAGCUCCAACUUCUGCAGGCCGUUUACUGAUUUAGAUUUGUUAACUACUUACUUUUUUUCUGUACAGUGUUCUUGACUGCCAUUAUAAAUAAUUAAAAUAGUCCAGUUUCUCUGCUUGUGAUUUGUUGUCUGUUCAAUAAAAUACAUCCAUAAAUUACUCUCAA